ACAAACUCGGCUCACUCCGUAAGUCGGUGUUCAUUCAGUGUUGCGCGCACGGGUUCCGUAUUCUCGUUUUUUCUCGGUUCUUUCUUAUAGUUUAUCUGUGCCUGCCUGCAGUCGGCUAAACUAGGAAGCAUGGGGAGCGUUCACUUUGUCAAGAUGAAGAGGAGGUAUGGUGGAGAGGACAAUAGUCAGAAAACGACAGCCAAAACAUAUUAAGCCAAAACAAGCAACAAGGAAGAGAAAAGAUUCGACAACUGCAAGAUGGCAACAUCUUGACUACUUCGGUUGUAUUAUGGUCGUGACAUGUUCUGAUCGCCUCGCAAAGUUUUAAUGUCGUGCGUAGCCAAUGUACUUUUUUUGCGCACUAUCGGGACGCCUUUCCAACCCUCUGUUUCGCAUGGCUGUCAGUUAAUUACAUUUAUUGACAUUUUCACAAUUUCUCUGGGAUCGUAACGACGUUUAAUUUCCACUUUUGUCGUUGUUCUUUUAAACAUCCCACUGGGCUGAUUGUGUAUUUGUAGAUCUUGCGUUUUAAAUCUGGCUUACUCGCCGACUGCCAACGUGCGGUUUGUGUCCUUUAAUUAUUCAGGGUAAAUCUGUGGUGGUAAAGUGUGUUGGCACCAGCCACCAACAUGGGGGCUAAGCAGAGCAGCCCAGUCUCCAACGGGCGGACCAGGGCAUACUCGGGCUCGGAUCUUCCUUCGAGCGGCUCUGCUACAGGCAAUGGGAAUAGUAGGACCGCAGCCAUGGCAAUGAGGUAUCACGCGGCCUCGGGAACCGCAUCGGCCUCCAGCCAACAUAUUGGCCCCAGGACAAGGUCCGUGGGAGGCAGUUCUGGAGUGUCAGGGACCAGAUCCCAAUCAGGCAUCAACAUCCCCAACAGCAGUGGAGCUUACAGCUCGCAGGAUUCUGGCAGCAGCACACCGGAGGAGGCAGAAAGGGACAGGUCCAGCGGGGGGAACGGGGCCCCCCGGUUGUUGAUAGGAUCGUUACCCGCUCACCUUUCGCCUCACCUCUUUGGAGGCUUCAAGUGCCCUGUCUGCUCCAAGUUUGUCUCUUCAGAUGAGAUGGACCUACACCUUGUCAUGUGCUUGACCAAACCCAGAGUAACGUAUAAUGAGGACGUCCUGAGUAAGGAUGCAGGGGAAUGUGCAAUCUGCCUGGAGGAGCUGGUACAGGGGGACACCAUUGCUCGCCUACCCUGUCUCUGCAUCUACCACAAAGGAUGUAUUGAUGAGUGGUUUGAGGUGAACAGGUCGUGUCCUGAACAUCCCUCUGACUAAAUGGCCUUGCUACUCUUUUUGCACAGGUUUUUCUACUCUCUCGAUUUGAAGAGUGAUCUGCUCCAAUAACAACAAAAGGCUCAACCUCUACGUGAAUCCUCUCCCUGUUGCCUAUAAAACUGCUCAACACAUUGUGACUCUAGCCAUUACUGAGCAACACCUCCCCACCCUACACCUCUCACCUAGUGAUUUACAGUAGCCCUCAAUGCACAGUGUGCCAAAAGAAAUUGAAAGCAAUUUUCAGGGAAACUACAUUUAAUGCUGAUCUAUUAAUUUAUCUCCACGUACGCAAUCUACUGCAGGUCAAGAUCAAGACCUGCAUGGACAGACAGACAUACAUGCUUAUCUGCCAACAUCUAUGCUGCACAACUAAUCAAUCAGGUUACUAAUCAAGCUGUGGCUCUCAACAAGCCAUCUCGCUGUCUCUGACAUCAUUUUGACAUCAAGUGCCACCCAUGGACAUUUGGCCUAACAUCCCUUCGGUCGUGCCUCAGUGAUUGACCAGCUGUGAUUGGCUGAGCUGCUGUGAUUUGAGACUCAUUUCUCUUUUGUUGUUAUUGGACAGCAGAUCCAGGUUUCCACCCGCGUGUAUGGGAUGUGCAAACUGUGAAGUGAUGGGGCAUGGGAAGUCAGUCCUCAUCCCCCUCAACUCAACUACUCACUAAUUGUGUCUACCAGUGCCUUUGCUUUCUGAUUCCAAGGGCCUAUCAGGGCAGAGUCAGAACAACUGAACAGAAACUGAUUGGUGGAUCGAGAACAGAGGGAGGGUGGUCAGGUAUCAGUCUAUAGCUGCCCAUCUCUCUAAUGUAGACUAGAUGUGGACAAACUGAAAGAGACUGAGCAGAGAGCCAGAACCAACUAAAUGUGAAACUCUUCUACACUGGGACAUGACUGUAACUGAAACUCAACCUGGCUGAAAGCGACACUGAGAUUAGAAGUGCCCUACUAUUCUCUGUCCUGCUACAUAGUGGUAAAACAGAGCCCCCUCUUCCCUUCUCUCUCCUUUCCCUGUGGGGGUAAAAUGCAUUGAACCGCACUUCCAGAAACGUGUGGCUUGGUUAGUGGCAACUACAAUUCCCAGCAGGCAUCUCUGGAAUGAGAAUGUUCUUCAUAGUUUUGUAGCAACAAAAUCUGUUUCUGGGACAUGAAGCCUGCUGUGCUUAGCCUGAAUUGCAACUGAAUCACAGUGUUUAAAGCAACUGCCCAGUAUUUCGAAAUGUCUAGACAAUAUGAUGUGUAUUUUGUUUCCAAAAAUGUAUUAAAUAUAUAUACAAUAUUAUUGGCCAGCUCAUGUUUAUCUAGACAGUUGGUUGGCCAGCUCAAACAACCUGACAGAAGUUUGAAGUAGGGUUUUUUAAUCUUAAAGUAUGUUCCAAAAGUAUGACUGUAUUAGUAUAGUCAUCAACAUUAUUUGUGUAUGAACAUUUUAAAAUUGACUUUUUCACUGGGCAGUAAAUGUAUUCAAAAAAA